UUGCGGUGCUCUUCAUUGCUUUUUAAAGUAGUUGGGAGAGUAAAAGCAGAUCCCUCAACUCAGGGGAGCGACUAGGGAUCUGAAGAAGCUGAACUCACAGCAAUAUGGGGGACCCAUGACAUUGAGUGGAAGUCUGGUGAACAGGGAUGAAGUGGGAAGAAAUUAACCUGGUUCCCUGAAAGGAAGCUACGUCAGGUCUCAUUAGAGUACUCUUCAGCACAGAUAUUUGGAACACGUAUCUACAUGCCAUUUCUUGGGAGUGGUACAGGUAGCACUGCCGCACAUUCAAAACUACCCAGGAUGCACUGCAAACAACAUUCUAAUGAUGAGAUCAGCAGUUGAUCUGUCAGUGAUUGACAGUGAUGUAAAACGCAGGCUAAAGUCACGUGUGCCUCGUCUGAAAGGAGAGGAGGAAGGAGGCAAGCUGUUCAUUUCUGCGCUUGCCAGGCAUUUGCAGAUACGGUGGAGAGAAGAAGACCCCUGCCAUGCCCGGCUCUCCCGUGGAGGUCAAAGUUCACUCCAGAUCAGCGCCCUCUGCCAUGCCUCCCCUGCCCUCUGUCAACCCCAGCGGGCCCCGGCCUGCCUCCUUUUCCUCCACCACCUUGACCAACGGGAUCAAUCACUCCCCUCCCACCCUGAACGGCGUGCCCUCACCGCCCCAGCGCUACAGCAAUGGGCCCUCCUCCUCCUCGUCCUCCUCGCUGGCCAACCAGCAACUCCCGGCGACAUGUGGCGCCCGGCAGCUCAGCAAGCUGAAGCGCUUCCUCACGACGCUGCAGCAGUUCGGCAACGACAUCUCGCCCGAGAUCGGGGAGAGCGUGCGCAGCCUGGUGCUGGCUCUCGUGAACUCCACGGUCACCAUUGAGGAGUUCCACUCCAGGCUGCAGGAGGCGACCAACUUUCCCCUGCGCCCGUUUGUCAUCCCCUUCCUGAAGGCCAACCUGCCCCUCCUGCAGAGGGAGCUGCUACACUGCGCCCGCGCCGCCAAGCAGACGCCCGCCCAGUACCUGUCCCAGCACGAGCACCUGCUGCUGAGCGCCGCCCUGGCGUCUCCGCCCGACUCCUCCGAGCUGCUGCUGGAGCCCGGCGAGGGAGCCAAGAGACACACCCCCGACAGGGGCAAGGAGAACGGCUUCCACGAGCGGCCCCCUGGUCCCCUGGAGCCCCCAGCCAAACGCAUCUGCACCAUCAGCCCCGCCCCCCGACACAGCCCCGCCCUGCCCGUGCCCCUCGGCGGCCAGCUCCACCCCACGCCCCCGCCCCUGCAGCACUACGCCCUGGAGGACAUCGGCAUGCCUCACCUGCACCGGGACCCGCAGCGCCUCCUGGAGCUCAGAGACCUGAAGGACAGGCCACGGCACCCAGGCACCAACGGGGGCUACCAUGAAGAGCCGGUGGACCACAGGCUGACGGACAGGGAGUGGGCAGACGAAUGGCGGCACCUUGACCACGUGCUGAACUGCAUCGUGGACAUGGUGGAGAAGACACGGCGCUCGGUCAGCGUGCUGCGCCGCUGCCAGGAGUCCGACCGCGAGGAGCUCAACUACUGGAGGCGGCGCUCCAGCGAGCAGGAGGAGGCCCGGAAGAGCGGGCAGCCCCUGUCCCUCUCCAAGGCCCACAGCCCCCACGUCACGGAGGCCGUCCACACAGAGUCCCAGAGAGAGUUUGCCCCGCGGCCGGGCUCUGGGCACGUUCCCGAUGAGAUCUGGAGAAAAGCCGAGGAAGCAGUGAACGAGGUGAAGCGACAGGCCAUGGAUGAGGUGCAGAAGGCUGUGGCAGAGGCGGAGCAGAAGGCUUUUGAGAUGAUCGCCGCCGAACGGGCCAAGAUGGAGAAGACGCUCGCAGAGGCCAAGAGGCAGGCCACCAAGGAGGCCAUCCAGGUCAUCAACGAGCAGGAGGACUCCAGUGAGAGCUGCUGGAACUGCGGGCGCAAGGCCAGCGAGACGUGCAGCGGCUGUAACGCCGCCCGCUACUGCGGCUCCUUCUGCCAGCACAAGGACUGGGAGAGGCACCACCUGAUCUGCAGCCCGGGGCUCCAGGCCCAGCCCAAACCCCUCUCCAUCUCCUCCGUCCGGGCCAGCACGGCCACGCCCAGCCCCAGCGUCUCGGGCAAGACCCCCGACAGCACACCCGCGCCCGGGCCCGGCUCCGAGAAGGCCACCGCGGCCUCCAGGUCGUCCACGCCGGCCUCCAUCUCUGCCUCUGAGACCAACGGACUCUAGAACACCACCCCCUGUCCCUCCUACUUCCAGACGCAAACCCCCACCCCCCACCCCACCCCUACCUACCUUGACGGGUGGAACACACACAUGGAUUUGCUAGACUUGUCACAGAGAGGGGCGAAGACAGAGACAGGACAGCCGGUGUUAUCCUCUGUCGAGCAUAUGGACGGUUUUUCCAAAGUGUAGACAUCAUCCCUCCUGCCACUGUGCCCGAAAAGGGCCAGGCGUGGGAUGAAAGGCGUGACAAAAACUGACAGGAGUACCAUUUCCUUUUAUGUAAAACCUCAUAUUCAUGUUUUACCCACAAUUCACAGAUGCAAUGUCGGUUCACACACAGUUUCACACACGUAUUCCCUCGUAAGCUUGUGUAUAUUCAGCAGAAGAGAGAAAGGGAAGGAAAGACUCCAUGCUAGUCUGUUAUUUAAACUGUUUUUGACUACACGCCACACAAUUGAAAAUUUAUGAACAGCUUCUACUUUUGGUUUUGAGAAUGUUUUAUAUGUGGUUGUUGUUCAUGAAAAUCAUCUUCAGAUUCCUUCAUUGUGGGUUCUGCCCCCAGUGGAUCUGUGUCGUCAGCUGUUUACAGAUAUCUCAGUACUCACAUUCGUUGUUUCAGACACCAGUAUAAAAUAAUUGUUCAGGAAACCAAGCAAUUGUUUAACCAAAGUUUUCUGUUGAUGUCCCGUCAUUUGUCAAUGCAUUUUGAUGUAAACACAAUGAAUAUUGCUCUGUGUUGUGUAAAUAUUGUUUUUAAAAUCCUUUCUCUUUCUGCUAGUGGUAGUAGAGUCUGGCUUCAUGAGCCACAUAAAGAGGUAGAGCUGUUAAGGGCUAUUAUUCGCUGACUUACAUAACCCAAUCUUGGCUCUGCAUGCCAAAACACUCUGAUUGGUUUGAAUCAGUGAGUCACUAACCCAUAACGGCUCCACCUAUUUCGGGGUUUGUUAAGAAUCAUUCAUCCGUCUCUGCUUUCUGCCAUCCAGGUAAUUCAAGCAGCCACAACCAUAUCCAUCUUAUCAGAGCCAAACAGAUUGCGCUCAAUACACUAUCUUUCAUUUCAUGUUCCGGGGAAUUCAGUUUUUGCUCAUGAAUACAAACUGUAUAUAACAGAAUGGAAACCCUAAAGGACAAGCAAACCACUGACGUGGCUAUUCUUUGCAAUUCCAUGCCACUUGCUCAGUUUUCUUUCCCUUUUAUGGCUUGCGAAUCUGUUCAAAUCUCAGGAGUAUAUUGUACAUUCAUAUGUCUAUG